GGACAAUAGCCACCUGGGGCCAGGCUGAAUGAACCUUGACCCGGCACCCAUCACAGCAGGGACGAAGCCACUGUCUUUGGCCACACCAUGGGGAGCCUGCUGCACCUCGGCCUGCUCAGCGCCAUCCUGGCCAGCCUCCUGGUGCCUGGGAGAAGCGUGUUCAUUAACCGGGAACAAGCCAACAACGUCCUGGUGAGGACCCGGAGAGCAAAUUCACUUUUUGAAGAGAUGAAGAAAGGAAACCUCGAAAGAGAGUGUUUGGAAGAGACUUGCUCUUAUGAAGAAGCUCGCGAAGUCUUCGAGGACUACGACCUGACGAAUGAAUUCUGGAACAAAUACAAAGAUGGUGACCAGUGUGAUAGCAAUCCUUGCCAGAAUCAGGGAAUGUGUAAAGAUGGGCUCGGAGAGUACUCCUGCUCCUGCCUGGAAGGAUUCGAAGGCAAAAACUGCGAAUUCUUCGCACGGAAACUCUGCAGCCUGGACAACGGGGACUGCGACCAGUUUUGCCAGGAAAAGCAGAACUCAGUGGUGUGCUCCUGCGCCAGUGGGUACACCCUCGGUGACGACGGCAAGUCCUGCAUCUCCACAGACCUCUUCCCCUGUGGGAAGCUCACUCUGGGUCGCAGGAAGCGGUCAGCGGACCCAGCUGCCAACAGCAGCGAGGCUAUGCCCAGGACCAGCACGCCGGCCUGGAGCGGCCUGGACAGCCUGCCUCCCACCCAGGACCCCUCCAACUUGCUCAACCUCAACCAGACCUACCAGAAGGACAGCAGGAACCUCAUUCGGAUUGUGGGCGGCCGGGACUGUGAAGAGGGGGAGUGUCCCUGGCAGGCUCUCCUCAUCGACGAGGAAAACGAGGGGUUCUGUGGGGGCACCAUCCUGAGCCCGUUCCACGUCCUCACCGCAGCCCACUGUCUGCACCAAGCCAAGAGAUUCAAGGUGAGGGUAGGGGACCGGAACACGGAGAAGGAGGAGGGCAAUGAGAUGGUCCAUGAGGUGGAGGUGGUGGUCAAGCACAACAAGUUCGUGAGGGAGACCUACGACUUUGACAUCGCCGUCCUCAGGCUGAAGACGCCCAUCACCUUCCGCAUGAACGUGGCCCCUGCCUGCCUGCCCCAGAAGGACUGGGCAGAGGCCACACUGAUGACACAGAAGACGGGCAUCGUGAGCGGGUUUGGGCGCACCCACGAGAAGGGCCGGCCGUCCAGCACUCUCAAGAUGCUGGAGGUACCCUACGUGGACCGCAACACUUGCAAGCUGUCCAGCAGCUUCACCAUCACCCAGAACAUGUUCUGCGCUGGCUACGACGCCAAGCUGGAGGACGCCUGCCAGGGGGACAGCGGUGGCCCCCAUGUCACCCGGUUCAAGGACACCUACUUUGUGACGGGCAUUGUCAGCUGGGGAGAAGGGUGCGCAAGGAAAGGGAAGUAUGGGGUCUACACCAAAGUCACUGCCUUCCUCAAGUGGAUCGACAAGUCCAUGCGGGCCAAGGGGUCGCCUGCGGCAGAGACCCCGGGCUCGGCCUCUCCUCCCCAUUAAAGCUCUGGAGGUUU